UUCUAAAAAAACGGAAGCAGGCGCUACCAUUUUGAAACACGACACUGCUUAGCGCCACAAUGGACAAGAGCAACACGGUGAAGCUCUUCGUGGGCAACCUGGCUCUGGACACCACCCAGGAGGAGUUGUCGGCCAUCUUUGAGUCGUAUGGCCAGGUGGUCAGCUGCAGCGUUCUCCGACAGUUCGCCUUCGUACACCUACAGGGCGAGGGGGCUGCAGAGCGGGCCAUCAGUGAGCUGAACGGCAGGGAGUUCCGGGGGAGGAACCUGGUGGUGGAGGAGUCCCGGGGCAGACCGCUCCACUCCACCAAGGUGUUUGUGGGCAACCUGUCGGGCAUGUGCACCACUGAGGACCUCCAGGAGCUCUUCCAGACCUUCGGCAAAGUACUGGAGUGCGACAAGGUCAAAGCCAGGCUCUCCUCUUCUGCAGGAUAUGCCUUUGUGCACAUGGAGAAUAAGGAGGAGGCUCUACAGGCCAUCGAGGCCCUCCACGGCACCUCCUUCAAGGGACGCCCGCUCUCCGUGGAGCUCUCCAAGGUACAGCCCUCUAAGCAAACCCCCACCGGGAAGAUCCCCUGUGUGAGCUGUGGGAAGCAGGGCCACUAUGCCGGGGAGUGCCCUGUAGGGAAGCCCUCUCUGGAACAGUACCAGAGCCAGGCCGCUGUGUUAGCUGCAGCCGCCGCCGCAGCAGCCGGCCUCCCCCUCCAGGUCCAGCAGAGCGUCCACAACUCUGUCUACAACACCUCGACCUUUGACCCCACAUACGCGGCGCUGACGGGCCACACCACCGGCACGCGGACGGACGGCAACCCCGUCAACCAGGCAGUGUACGGUGCCCUGGCGACGCAGGUCUACGGCGCCAACGUGGCCAAUCAGCUCUACGGAGUCCAGGCAGCAAAUCAGGCGGCGGCGUUGACGCAGGCGGGCGCCACGCAGGUGUACGCCAGGUCCAUGAACCCCAGCCACGCCGCCCUCUACAGUCAGCUCAGUCAGAUCGCUGCCAGCCCCGCUGCUGCCUACUCCACACCCGUCUACGCGCAUGCCAUGGCCAACCACCACCACCACCCAGGGGCCGUCUACCUGGCAGCCCCUGGCGUAGAGAUGCCUACGACCGCUGCUGCCAUCAACCAGGCCUACGCCUUGGCACCGGCGCUCUAUGGUGGCGCCCAGCAUGCCUACGGUCACAUGGGGAUGGGAGCCAUGAGCGUGUCGGCGGACCCGUCGGUGGCCAUUUUUGAGGCGGCGAGGGUGCAGCACUACUUCGCCCAGGGACAGCAGGUUCUGGCCGAGCAGCAGAAUGCGGCGGCGGCCCAAGCGGCGAAGUCCGGGGAAAGGGACCGGAGUCCCCUGAGGCGCUCGGCGGGGUCCCUGCUGCCCGACCCGGUCAUGAAGCCCUUCAUGUAUCAGAGAGCGCCCAAGCAACGCCGGCCGCUGCUCCCCACCCCCGCUGGGCGAGCUGCAGAGGAGGAAGCGGAGGCUGCGGAGGACCCCAUGACUAGAGACCAGUGUCAACAGUACGCUGAGUACUACCAACAACAGCACCAACAGUACCAGCAGCUCCAGCAGUUACAAGAGCAGUACCAACAGUAUGCUGAGUACUACCAACAACAGCACCAACAGUACCAGCAGCUGCAGCAGUUACAGUACUAUGCAGAGUAUUACCAGCAGUACCAACAGUACCAGCAACUCCAGCAGUACCAGCAACUCCAACAGCUCCAGUACGCCUACCCACCUCCCAACCACCACGCCAUGGCCGCCAUCCCUGCCCACGCCAUUGCGGGCCACGCCCACCACCACGGCCAGCCCGGUCACGUCACGGCGCUGGACUCCGCCCUCAGGCCAGUGGUGCCCGCCUCCGCUAUGGUGGCAGUGCCCAGAGUACCCAUGUGACUGGGGACCAGGGUGGCAGAGAAAAUGAGGAGUAGCGUCAGUGUGUGCUCCCCCCUAGUCUGCCUCGGUGGAUGGGGUAAGUCUAGUCUGGGGUCGGCCUCUCUUUCCAGCCUCACUCGAACUCUGUAGGACUACAGCACAGACAGGCUCCGGGUGUGUCCCAAUAAUAUCUAUUUUUUUUUCAAUUGUGCACUUGUUCACAUCCCUUCACUAAUUUGAGAGGAAAGGACUUGUAUAAGAAAUGUGAUGGAAACACCCUCUAGCCCAUGCAUCCACUAAUCCAAUGUGAUUUAGAUGUGUAAGAAGUAGUGAACGAGUGUACACUUCAGGAAGAAAGAGAUCAUUGGGACAUAACCUCUCACUGGUAUCCCAACAAGGCUACUGUUACCAUGCGCUCAUGUCUGAAUACCGUUUCCAUGACCUCUGAUCUUUUUUGAUUACCGUUUUGUGUCGAUUUUAUAACAUUUUAAUUGCAGAUUCAAUGUUGAACCGAGUAGCGCACAUUACUCGUUUGCAGAUGAUUCCUUAUUUACCAAUGGCGGACACACACCAUCCGAGAGCUGGAGAGAGGCACGCAGAUAGAAUGGCUCCAUCUGUAGCAUUUUGAUCUGUUGGGCUUGCUCCUACCCAACCACAACACCCAACAAUGUCUGUCUCCAGUGACUUCUGUUCUAGACGUGCAUGUGUCACUGUGCUCUAUAUCCAAAGCCCUGUACAUACCGACUAACUAUGCCAACUGAAAUAGGUCCCCGGCCGUCCAGACACAGCCAAGCGUGUGAGGUGAGAGGGGGAAGACAAUAAACGUCGCGCAGGCAAGUGGGAACUCAAUCUACUCCACCAAGGUAAUGAAACAAAGCACCGCUCCCCCCGCCCCUCUCUGACUGUGCUUUGACCAAACUCCCAUUACCACCACCCCUCCGUAGCUCCCCACUCACCUGCGUUGACAUUGCCAAAGCCGGGGGGCUUCUCUUGGGGAGGGGUCACUGCUGCUGUGAUGUCUCCUACCAGACUUCCAGUGAAUUGUCCCGUCUCUCGCCUUGCAGCACCUACAUUGGACUGUUCCGUCAGUCUCUCUCUGUCGUGCUGAUGUGUGUGUGUGUGGGCAAGAGAUUCUGUGCUUGUGCUUUACUUUUGUGUGUGACUACAUGUUUAAUAGAGUGAGCCAGUGUGUGGUGUCGUUGGUGUGUUGAGGCUUGGCACAUUUGGAUCUCCUGCCCCCGCUAGUGACUCCAACACCGCCGUAUUCGCCACCCCUCCUCCCAACCCAUCCCUCUGUGCCUGUCCGCCGUACACAAUGCUUUCCGCUUCCACCGCUACAAUCUUGGAUCUAGGCUGGGUUCUGUGGCUCUAGCUGCGGAUUAGCUGACCACACCCACCCCUGGGUAUGGCUGUAGCUAUAGAGACCUAGUGAAUAACAAUGGACACAGUGUAUGGUGGCCUAGUGGGGUCGCUUGGCUGGUAAGAGUAUUACCAGCAACGGUAGAGAAAGCGAGACACUCCACUCCCUAUUUAUUUUUUUUCUUCUAAUCUGGGCAGGCCCACUCUGGUCUACUGUGGGGGUGGGUGGGGGGGGUGACCAAGGCCAAGAAAUCUCACUGGCUCAUUUUUUUCUGGUUGGUCGGGGCAAGUGAGAGGGGGACAAUAAAUAGACUAAAGCCAGUUGUUCCCUUUCUCACGUGCCAGACAUUGGCCGUGUGCCUCUGCACAGGCGUUGAUGAUGCAUACCUUAUCCUACAACGCCUGGAUAGGUAAUGUGAUUAGCAGAUACUUUGAAUUAUGUUAUAGCAAUCAGUCAGUCGAUGACGUGGCACGCAAACAUCGGUUGAUGCAUGCAAGGGAAUGCAACCUAUAUGGAGGAACUGAGCUCGUGCGGGAAAAGCAUGCUCACGCGAGAGAUGAAAAAUCCCACUUACACAAACAGGAACCCUUGACCAUUAUUGUAACAUGGUUAGCGGCCAGAGUCAACUCUUGUUUAUCCACCAUCUUUGGUAUUCAUAAAACAGACUUUGUAGGGAGAGUUUUUGCUUUGCAAAAACUGUGAUGAUGGGUUUGCCACGAUUGUAUGGGGGUUAAUCACUGUUCACUACCAACACCACCAGCUCCUUGCAGUUGAAUCAAUAAAUUCAAGACUGUCUAAUAAAGCCAAUAAAUUAACCUCCCUCUGAAGAAUAACAUUCAUGUUUUUUUUUUUUAACACAGAGUUAAAAAAUGGCCCUAUCAAAAAUGUCCUAUAAGACAGACGAGCCCAGUAAGGGUUAACUACCUGCAGAUUCACUGCAAUCUCAGGACUCUUAUAGGAUUUCUUUGGUACUGGGACUAUUUCUCUUCACUUCCAACCGGCUGUACUUGUUUGUUGUUCUGUGUAAAUGUGUGUAUCUGUUAAGAAUCUCCUUCUGUUAGGAUGGCUGAACACACACACACUUGUCCCCCAACAUGUUCACUGGGCAGCCGAGAGGUGCGUUGCUGGCGGGCGGGCAGACACUUGACAGGGAGAGGGUGUGGUCUUCCUGUCUCUGUCUGCUUCACCACUGAAAAGAAUGAAGGAUGGAUAAAUGGAUGGAAGGAAGCUGCGUUGGUAAUGUAGGGAUCUCCGGCUCUGAUCCCUGCCUGUUCCCUUAAACCCAUUCUGUCCUGAUCUUAGAGGAGAAAAGUAAUCUAGAUGUUUAAAAAAAAUGGUGGCUCAAGGAAAGGAAGUGGGUGGGUUAAGAGAGGUGGGCCAGUAACCGGAAGGUCUGUGGUUCAAACCCCCCGUGCUGACUAGGUGAAAAAUCUGUCUAUGACCUUGAGCAAGGAACUUAACUCUAAUUGCUCCUGUAAAUCGCUCUGGAUAAGAUUGACUGCAAUGUUAAAAGGUUCACCACCAAUCUCUCCUCUGAGCAUUCAAACUAACUACAGUAUUGCCCCGGCACAAAAUGGACUAACUCAAAUAACUAAUCAGGAUGUGGGGCUUCCCCCUCCCCCUAGUCCCCUUUUCCUCUCAGACGUGGACGUGUGGAGUCUGACUCUAGUGCUUGAGCAAAUGCAGUCAGCCUUGUAUUUCUGAAUCCCCCUGGCCUGCUCCCUAUUAGCUCACACUGACUGGUAACCAGCCACUGCUCCUGUCCUGCUCUACCUCACGCUGCACAACACAGGACAGGGAGGCCAGAAAUGCUGCCUUACCAAUAGAAUCCCAAUUCCAAAUUUCGCCCCUCUUUCCUGAAAUGUGCGCUUGUCCACUCCCCCUCAAGGUAGUGAGGGGGGGGGAUGAUUAUUGGAUUGUUCUAGACAGAGUAUACCGUAUAUUUAAUACCAAUCUCAAUAUUUUCAAGGAGUGAACGAGUGCACACUUCAAGGAGAUCGGGGAGAAUUGGGCCACAGUUUUGCCCCCAGGGUAGUCGCCAGUCCACUGUCUAUCACACUUAACAUUGCUGCCCAAAUACUACCUAGUCACAUCAAAUAUUAUAUUCUCACAUGCAAGGACUUGUUCCUAAAUUGACUUAAUUAAGAAUCUGAGGCAAAUCAAGUGUAGUUACAGUGUAAUGGUGUGCGAUUUCAUCUGGUGAAGGAAGAUACUAUUUAUAGUCCUACGAUAUAAAGGCAACCUAAUGUAAACUGUUACCUCAAUUGUUAUCUAAUAGCUAUGUUCUUAUAGUCCAAGUUAUUGCAGGAGACAUUUUUUUAGGGAGAAAGAGCAUCUUCGUAUGCCGAACUGGAUUGUUAAGGUGAUGUUUUUGCAAAUAUCAAUGUUGAGUAAUUUGGUACUUCAAGUGCAUUUACAGGAAAAAACAAGUGCAAAUAAUCAGCAUGCUCGAAGGAGAUGAAGGGGGGGGCAUUUUAAUGGUGCAAAAUAGUUCAAAGAUGCCAGAAAAUAUUGUAAAACUCAUAAUCCAGCAGUGUUAUACAUUUUUUUUUUCAACAAUGUGCAUUAUAAAAGUGAUUAUUUAACUAGAGUUUAGUAUGCUGAGCAAUGCAUGAAAGUGUCCUUUUUAUAACACAAUGCUUGAGAAGUCUAAUUUAAUCACAAUGCCAGAAUGAGUUUUGUUUUUGCACGACUUUGCACCAUGAAAAUGUCGCCUGAAAUGUAUUAUGACAAUGAAUAACCAAAUUUCAUAUAAUUAUGUAUACUCCUGCAUUGCGUAUGUCUCGAGGCACUGUACCGUCUGCAUGGUUGUACCAAAUAAAUGAUUAUUUUAAAAUAAA